GAGAGGCUCUUAAGCGAAGGCAACAUAAAAUUGCAUAAAGCGAUUGAAAUAGCUAAUAGCAUGGAACUAGCAAAAGAAAAUGCAGCCAUGAUACAACGUGAGCCAACCGAAAGCAUACAGGUAGCAGCUUUGAGAAAAUCUGCAUUGAACUACAAGGAGAAGAGUGCUAGACAGGCUCAGCAGCAAACAUCAAGAACGUGUGAUAAAUGUGGGCAAGUACAUAAAACCAAAUGUCCGGCAGAAGGUAAAAAAUGCUACACGUGCGGAAAAUUGAACCAUUUUGCAAAUGUCUGCUUCACAAAAUGGCGUAAAGGAAACAUGGGGAAUAACGGGCAAAAGAGAUAUGUGAGAAACGUAUACGAAGAGAGCGAGACAAGUGCAGAAGAGGAAGAAAAUGAAGAUCACGAGUCGCAAUUUUUCGUGGGCGGAAUACAUGUUGAAACUGUCAGGAACAAAAACUUAACAACAAAAACGAAUGUGAUAGGAGUGAGUAAAAUUGUUAGCAGUGGCAGAACUGGUGCGGUGAAAGACUGGAACAUUGAGGUGGAGAUACACAACGCGAAGCUGAAGUGUCAAAUAGACACGGGCGCANUCAGGAACAAAAACUUAACAACAAAAACGAAUGUGAUAGGA